AUGCGGUGCAGUGAAUUGAAGCGAGCUGUUGAAGAUGUUGUUUUGCGACCGGAUGAGAAUCGACUUGCUGAACUGCAGAAACGCGGGACUAUUGCGGCACUCGAUCUUUGUCAGGUUAGUGGAAGGGAAAUUAAAUUAGCUUCUGAAAAUUGGGGAAAUUCUGAAGUCUGUAGAUGUCUGAACUUUGAGCAGAACCCUAUUUUGUGUCAAUCAUAGCUGAAUGCACUUCGGAACUUUUUUUGGAAAAAAAUUUAGAAAAUGCGUAGCCCACGCUGAAAUUAAUUUUCAGAAAACAGAAUUUCAAAAAUUUCUUCAAAAAAAAAAAUUUGAGACCAGAAAAUCCACGUCAGUUUAGGCCUGAGAAUUUUGGGGCUCGGAUAAGCCUAGACCCAUUUUUCAACCUGAAAUUUUGCCACGUGGAUUUUUGGGACCACGUAACUUUUUUGGGCUUCAAAAUUUCAAAAAAAAAUUAAAAUGAACUUUGAGGAGAACCCUAUUUUGUGCCAAUCAUAGCUGAAUGCACUUCGGAACUAAUUUGGGAAAAAAAUUUCAAAAAUGCGCAGCCCACGCUGAAAUUAAUUUUCUGAAAACUAAGUCUCGAUUAAAAAAAAUUUUCUCAAGUUACUAAAAAAUAGAAAUGGAAUUUUUACCUUAAAAACAUCCACGCAUUCUCCACGAAAACUAUGAAUGCACUUUGGAACUUUUUUGGGAAAAAAAUUUCAAAAAUGCGCAGCCCACGCUGAAAUUGAUUUUCAGAAAACAGAAUUUCAAAAAUGUCUUCGAAAAAUUUUGAAACCAGAAAAUCCACGUCAAUUCAGGCCUGAGAAUUUUGAGGAUCGGAUAAGCCUAGACCCAUUUUUCAACCUGAAAUUUUGCCACGUAACUUUUUUUUGGGCUUCAAAAUUUCAAGCUUUUUUCCAAAGUUCAUAAAAAUCUAAAAUCACAUUCUUAACCUUCUAAAAAUUUUUUUCCAAAUUUCUCAGAUCGAGUCAUCAAAUUCCUCCCGCACCAACGAUGAAAUGAUCACGGCAUCAGCAAUGAAUGGAUGUUCCUGUUCAAGUGAAAUAGUUGGUGCCUCAACAUCAACCUCAUCCUCAACAACAACCACAACUGAUACUCGACCAGCUCCGCCAUUAUGCGCAAGUUCCUCUUUAGAUGCGAUUGUGAGUUUUUCUUGAAAUUUGAAACAUCUUAUGUAUAUACUUUUAGAUGUGUCGACCUCAACCCUCAUUACUUCAUCGACAUUCUGCAAGUGGUUCGAGGCGUCAGUCGCGAGUCUUCUCAAAUUUCCAAUCAAAACGAAAACGUAGCAAUUCGCUUACUAAUUAUAAUAAGGGGUUAGUUUGCUUGUUGUUGAUUUGUGGCGACCAAACUAGACUAUAGUUAUGUACAAAAAACGUGAUUUUGUUUUCAGUCAAACAACAUUAUCAGUUUCAUUGCCACCAUCUGCUCGACAUACACCAAAUCGAUUUGUGAGCGAGGAAGAGGCGUUUAGAAGUGAGUGAGAAGUUUUGGACUAAUUUUUGAAAAUUUCACUUUUGGACCAAACUAGAGAAAAUGAAAUGAAAGCUUUUUCAAUUUAAUAAAAUAAUCAGGAAAUUGAUAUUCUCUAGCAAGAAAACUAUUUUUCCAUGAAAACAAUCAAAAUUUUAGAAAUUUUUAGAGUUUCUAGUCUUCUUAGGGACGCCUCCUUGAGAAAUAGGAUCUCCAGACGCUGGUCCUUGACAACUAGGUUGGCUAGGAGCGGCUCCUUGAUAAGUAGGUUUUCUAGGCUUGGCUGCUUGUCAGAGAGGAUCUCAAGAGGCGGCUGCUAGUCGAAGAAGAUCUCUAGAAGCGGCUACUAGAUAAUUAUGCAUGUUCUCAAUGAGCUGUUGCUUAAGAAAUAGGAUCUCUAGGCGCUGCUCCUUGACAACUAGGUUUUUUAGGCUAGGCCACUUGUCAUAUAAGCUCUAUAAGCGUGGCUGCUUGAUAGAGAGGAUCUCUAGGAGCGGCUCGUACUUGAGAAAAAGGUUCUCUAGGCGCUGAUCCUUGAGAACUAGGUUCUCUAGGCGCUGCUUCUUGCCAGUGUGGACGUCUAGCCGCGACUCCUAGACAUGUUUUCAGAGCGAACAAGCUACUAGAUGUUGAAGCAUCUCUAGAGUUUAGAUUUUAAAGUACAAAUGUUACUUUUUAAGACCCCGACAUCAGCCAAAUUUCAAAAUUUUACAGGUUCAAUAGCAUCAUCUGAUUCACACUCUUCUGUCGCUGAAUAUACAAAUGGUUUUGUACUAGAAGAAGAAGAGGCAUCAGCUUCUUCUAUAAUAAAUCCACCACCUCCACCUCCACCUUCACUUCAUCAUUCAAAUCAUUCAAGCACGUCCUCCUCCUCAAACCCAUUCACAACUUAUCGACAACCAAAAGAUGAUUAUGAUGAAGAUAUGAUGGAUUGUGAUUAG